AUGUAUUUAAAAUCUAUCUAUCUAUCUAUCUAUCUAUCUCAGUCUCUUCAUAUCUAUCUAUCUAUCUAUCUCAGUCUCUUCAUAUCUAUCUAUUUAUCUAUCUCAGUCUUUUCAUAUCUAUCUAUCUAUCUCAGUCUUUUCAUAUCUAUCUAUCUAUCUCAGUCUCUUCUCUUCAUAUCUCUAUCUCAGUCUCUUCAUAUCUCUAUCUAUCUCAGUCUUCAUAUCUCUCCAUCUAUGUCUCUUCAUAUCUAUUCUAUCUAUGUCUCUUCAUAUCUCUAUCUAGUCUCUUCAUAUCUCAGUCUCCUCAUAUCUAUCUAUCUAUCUAUCAUCUCAGUCUCCUCAUAUCUAUCUAUCUCAGUCUCCUCAUAUCUAUCUAUCUCAGUCUCCUCAUAUCUAUCUAUCUCAGUCUCCCACAUCUAUCUAUCUCAGUCUCCUCACAUCUAUCUAUCUCAGUCUCCUCAUAUCUAUCUAUCUCAGUCUCCCCACAUCUAUCUAUCUCAGUCUCCCCAUAUCUAUCUAUCUCAGUCUCCCUCAUAUCUAUCUAUCUCAGUCUCCCCAUAUCUAUCUAUCUCAGUCUCCUCACAUCUAUCUAUCUCAGUCUCCUCACAUCUAUCUAUCUCAGUCUCCUCAUAUCUAUCUAUCUCAGUCUCCUCAUAUCUAUCUAUCUCAGUCUCCUCAUAUCUAUCUAUCUCAGUCUCCUCAUAUCUAUCUAUCUCAGUCUCCUCAUAUCUAUCUAUCUCAGUCUCCUCAUAUCUAUCUAUCUCAGUCUCCUCAUAUCUAUCUAUCUAUCUAUCUAUCUAUCUCAGUCUCCUCAUAUCUAUCUAUCUAUCUAUCUAUCUACCUCAGUCUCUUCAUAUCUAUCUAUCUCUCUUUAUGCAUGUAAAACCAUGUCUGGAUUUGCAGUAG